AUAUAAAUUUCAUGCACGAUUAAAGAUUUAAGUCUACAACAUAUUAUAAAUUUAAGGUUGCAGGCAGUUGAUGAGUUGAAUCUUAAAUCGUAGUUUAUUAUUUAUAAUGUCAAUCAUAUCGUUUAAAGGAUUUAGUUAUGUUGGUAAAUUUGUUAAAGUACCGAUUGUUCAGUGUUUUUUAGCACGAAAUGCAUCGAUUAAAAAUCAAGUACAAGACGUUGAUGUUGUCACAACCACCGCGGAGAAAACUUUGUCGGAAGAAGAAGUGAAAGCAAUAUGUGACAAAUCUCGCUUAAACCAUGGACAUCGCAAUAUGGUGAAUGGUCGUCUACCUUAUGACAAGCCCGUGCAUAGAUACCACAACACAGUAAAAUACAAAAGAAAAAUGUAUGGCCGUUAUGGUGAGGCCAGUAAUGUUUCGCCGGGCUUAGCAUGGCCAACAGCCGAAGACUUGGAGGAUAUAAGAGAGUAUGAAAGUUUAGCCUAUCCAUUGACCAUUCAAGAGAUGCAAAAAAAUGCAUUAGAGCUUAUAGAAAGUGAACGUCAAGAAAUUCAAACAAAUCAACAGAGAAUUGAUGACAAUAUGAAAAAAUUAAACGGUUGGUUAAAAGAAGUGAAAGAAAAGUCUGCAAAAAAAUUAUUCGAGGCACAACAAGCUAAAGAAAAGAAAGAAAAACUCAUUGAAGAAGUGAAAAAACAUUUUGGUUACAAGAUAGAUCCAAAAGAUGACAGAUUUAAAGAAAUGCUGGUCAAGAGAGAAAAAGAAGAGAAGAAGAAAGUUAGAGAAGAAAAGAAAAAAGUCCGUGAAGAAAAACUCCUUAAUUAUUUAGACUCAAAAACAAAAUAGAUAAUAGGUAGUUAUAAAAAAAUUAUUUUUGAAUAUUAUUAAUGUAAAAAUAAAUAUAUAUAUGUAUGAAUUAAAUAAGAAAUAUUGUUUUUAUUCUUUUUAAUAAUUUGCAACAUUAAUUAAUGUACUCAGAGAUAGGCCUAGCGCCUAGGUUCAAAAUGUAAGACAUAGUCGGUUAUGAUUAUGUUAUUACUUAUAAGAAAUGUUAUGAACUUGUAAACAAAUUAAUACAUAAUCAUGUAAGUAUUAAUAAUUAUAUAUUUAUAACCAUCUACAAUUAAACAAUAUAGGUCUUUAUUUCUACAACAUAAUAAAAAUAUUCAAUCCAA